CCCGAAGAAAAGCUGCACUGCAGAUGUGGUAUGCAAAUCCAAGUCAAGUAGUGUUCCCCUCCCCGGCCACCUGGUUCACAAGAUUGGAUUGCAGGUCGGGCACGCCAUCCGCUGUAACAGUAUUGAAACUAGCAAACAAACAAAAGAAUUCCAUUCCAAUUUCCAGCGGCAACGAGGCAGACAAACUAGCAAUGGCAAUUUUUUAGUCAUGUCUAGGUGCCAUCAAUCGGUCCAUUUGACCAGGAUUAGUUAGUGUUAGCAGACGCCUCGCACAAUACUUUUCUUUUCUCACCGAGAGGGAGAGGGAGAGGGAGAGGGAGAGGAAGAGGAAGAGAAAAAGAAAGAGGAGGAAGAUUCUUGGCUGCAGCCGGGACGGGGUCACGGGAGAGCAUCCAUCAUUCCAUCUCCGGCCCAGUGGGUGCACGGGGACAUGGCGAUGAUUCCCAUGGCCUCCCUCGUCCUCUGUCUCCUCCUCAUCCUGCCUCUCGCCGCUGCCCAGGCCCAGCAGCAGCAGCAGAUGCUCACCUUCUCCGCCAACGACACGGCCUGGCGCCCCACCGACAGCAACCGCACCCUCGUCUCCCGUACUGGGGAUUUCGCCGCCGGCUUCGUGCCCUCCUCCCCGGGAAAGUACCGCUUCGCCGUCUGGGUCGUCGCUUCCAACAACGCCAUCAUAUGGUACGCUCACGACACCGAUAACUACUCUGCUUCCGAGGCCGACGGCACCUCCGCGCUCGCCGUCGACGCGGCGGGCGUGCUCUCCUGGACUGCCGCCGGCAACAACAACACCAUCAUCUGGUCGCCCCCUGCCAAUUUCUCCACUGCGAUGGCGGUGCUGCAGCUCAACGACACAGGGAGCCUAGUCUACGGGAGCGGUAGCAGCGCCUGGUCGAGCUUCACCGUGCCCACCGACACGCUCAUGGCAGGGCAGGCCAUACCCCGGGGAGGCAACGGCACCACGCUUCAGUCCGGCAACGGCCGCUACAGUUUCUUCGAAUCAACGACGCUGCAGAACGGAAAAAUGAUGUACGCCAACAUGAGCAACGCUCUGCUCAACCUCACCGCCGACGGCACGCUCGUCCUCAGCGGCGGGUCGCUCAUCGCCUCCGACCAGGGAGCCAGGCGGCUGCGGCGGCUCAAGCUCGACGACGACGGCAACCUGCGCCUCUACAGCCUGCGGCCCAAGAACCGGCAGUGGCGCGUGGUGUGGCAGCUCGUGCAGGAGCUCUGCACCAUCCGGGGCACCUGCGCCGAAAACAGAAUCUGCGUCCCCGUCGGCGCCGACAGCAUCAGCUGCGUCUGCCCGCCGGGGUACCGCAACGCCACCCAGAACAGCCCCUGCGAGCCCAAGAGGAACUACAGCGGCAGGGGUGACGACGACAAGUUCGUCCGGAUGGACUUCGUCUCCUUCUCCGGGGGCGCGGUCACCGCGGUGUCGGACCCCGGGCCCCUGAUGACGAAGCUGCCGCCGCAGAACCUGGCGGACUGCGAGAGCAGCUGCCGGCGCAACGCGACCUGCGUGGCGUUCGGGUACAAGUUCGGCGGCGACCGGACGUGCCUCCAGUUCACGGGGCUGCGGGACGGGUACUGGUCCCCGGCGACAGAGGCGUCGACGUUCUUGCGGUUGGUGUCCUCGGACAACGACAGCAACCCGUUCACGGGGAUGACGAGCAUGAUCGAGACGGUGUGCCCAGUGCGGCUGGCGCUGCCGCUGCCGCCGAAGCAGGCGCGGACGACGAUCCGCAACGUGGCGAUCAUCACGGCGCUGUUCGCGGUGGAGCUGCUGGCCGGGGUGCUGUCGUUCUGGGCGUUCCUGCGCAAGUACUCGCAGUACCGGGAGAUGGCGCGCACGCUGGGGCUGGAGUUCCUGCCCGCCGGCGGCCCCCGGCGGUUCUCAUACGCGGAGCUGAAGGCUGCGACCAAGGACUUCUCGGACGUGGUGGGACGCGGCGCGUACGGGACGGUGUACCGCGGCGAUCUGCCGGAUCGGCGCGCCGUGGCGGUGAAGCAGCUGCACGGCGUGGGCAGCGGCGAGGCGGAAUUCUGGGCGGAGGUGACCAUCAUCGCGCGGAUGCACCACCUGAACCUGGUGCGCAUGUGGGGAUUCUGCGCGGACCGGGAGCAGCGGAUGCUGGUGUACGAGUACGUGCCCAACGGCUCGCUGGACAAGUACCUGUUUGCUCCUCCUCCUCCUCCGGCGGCGGCAGGUGGAGACGUAGAGCCAGAACCUUCAGGUCCACUACUAGAUUUGCACACUCGGUACCGCAUCGCCCUGGGCGUCGCCCGUGCCAUCGCGUACCUCCAUGAAGAAUGCCUGGAGUGGGUGCUCCACUGCGACAUCAAGCCGGAGAACAUCCUGCUGGAGGAUGACUUCUGCCCCAAGGUGUCCGACUUCGGUCUGUCCAAGCUGACGAGCAAGCGCGACAAGGUGACCAUGUCCCGCAUCCGCGGCACCCGCGGGUACAUGGCGCCCGAGUGGGUGAUCCACCGCGAGCCCAUCACCGCCAAGGCCGACGUCUACAGCUUCGGCAUGGUGCUGCUGGAGAUCGUCUCCGGCCGCCGCAACUAUGGGUUCCGGCAGGAGUCGGUGGGCAGCGAGGACUGGUACUUCCCCAAGUGGGCGUACGAGAAGGUGUACGUGGAGCGGCGCAUCGACGACAUCAUCGACCCGCGCAUCUCUUCGUCCUAUGGGUACGACGACGCCGGCAGCGUGGCCACCGUGGAGCGCAUGGUGAAGACGGCCAUGUGGUGCCUCCAAGACCGCGCCGAGAUGCGGCCGUCCAUGGGCAAGGUGGCCAAGAUGCUGGAGGGAUCCAUCGAGAUCACAGAGCCUGUGAAGCCCACAAUCUUCUGCGUCCAGGACGACUAGUAGAGUAACUAGGCGGAUUAGCAAAACUACGUCACGUCUGUUUUGUUUUUUUAUACAGAGUAUGAUAAAAGAAGAUUAAAAAAAUUAAGUUCACUAAUAUUAGACAUUUUAAUAUUUUUAUCAAUUUAUCAAUAUUUAAUAUAUUUAUUUAAUUAUAGAAAAAAUUAUAGUACUUUCAUACAUGCACAUAAUUUUAAUAUGUAGACGGCAGUAAUACGAACCCAACAAAAUUUAUUUCAUAUUUUUUGAUCUUUAGAUAUUUUUCUUUGCAUAUUAGAUUAUUUCAGCCGAUUUAUCAAUAUAGCUAAUAUUCAUUUAGACAUUUUCCUAGAAUUUUUUGAAAAUGAA